AUGGCAGAAAAAGGUUACAAAGUAAUUUUUUUUAUAGAGAAUGACUAUGUUCACGCGUUGGGCUAUUAUACACCAUUAUUGGAUUGCUUUGGUAGAGAUAAAAUUGCAGAAAUUGUUAUAGACUCAACUUUCAAAACCAAUCAGGAAAAAUUUGAGUUAUUUGCAGUAAAUGCCAAUGUUGGAGGAUUUGGCGUACCAAUAGCUUAUCUUUAUCUGGAUACUUACACACCCACAUGUCAUAAUUUACAUUCAGAUAAUCUCAUUACUACUAGAGUUGGGGCUCUAACACAAUUUUUUUUGAUGUUGCGCAGAGAGGGUGUUCUUCCGACAUUUGUUUUGAUUGACAAAGAUAGUGGAGAAAUUGCUGCAGUAGAAGAGGCCUGGUCAUGGACAGCGAAAAUACAACUGUGUCUAUGGCAUACAGAGCAUGCUAUUAUACAUAAAUUUAAGGGAAAACGCUCAACAAGAAGUCAAUAUACUUAUAUGAAAGCACAUGACACCUACCAACAAUUUAAUUUUAUUGAUCCACAAUGGAUCCCAAGUGAGAGAGAUAGUCGCGAAUUAAUAUGCCUGGAUGAAAAACAGACAGAGGUUUUAAGUAUUAUUAAACGACAUGCCUUAUACCACCCUCUUAUACCAGUAGAUAAGGACAUCUUUCAGACAACUGAAACAAUAUAUGAUCAGAGU